CUUUCACAAUCCGCGAUCCGCGAUCAAAUCUUAUGCCAUAUGCCACCGAUACUAGAAACAAUUGAUAUCUGUUGACCACUCCGUUGCCUACCGCCAACACCUCGCAGACGCUCACAAACCGUUCGAUUUUUCCUAAAUCCCUCGAUCCCAAGUUCCUUCAGCACCGAUAUGACCGACAAACAAGCAAGACACACCUUCGGUCCCGCAUUACCUCCUAGUCCUUGGCGUCUGGAUGAUGUACCCGCUCCCAUCAUCGACUCUAUCGUCGACACACUAGCAACCACAUCGGUUGCCAUGUACCCUGAGGUCUAUCCUGUUCUAUCUCGCUUCUUUUCGAAGGAGGAUGAGCGGGCCUAUAGGCCAGUUCCCCUUUCCUCGGAACUAGAUGCCGCAUCUCAAGUGAACAAAACUUUUAGGCAAAACAUCUUCUCCAGGAAGAUCGCCGGCUUUCUUGAAUUGGCCACCCUCAACCAGGUCGAGAGAGCCGAAGAAUGCCUCACGGUUGAAACUCGGCAAUACGUACGAUACGUUUCCUUUCCCCCGUCCACUAGAAGAGACCAGUCGGAGGGGCAACAACCGUGGACUUAUCAGUUCGACCGACUCCUGAAGACCCUUCCCAACGUGAAGGAUAUCUCCGACGAGUGCCUACGUCUGGCUUAUUGCAGGGUUCCCCUGCCGACCAGCCUGGAGAGGAUUGAUAUGCAUAUCACUGGAGUUCAGACCCCUACCUCCCUCCCGAUCGCGCAUCUCAAAAAGCUUCAUGUCGCGUGCCCUGGUUUCCAGCGGAAGGAAGAGGAUCAUCCUGACAAUCUUGAGACUGUCCUGAUGUGGGACAGGUUUAUCAAGAAGCUCUGCCGAAAUCUACAGUCUCUGAGCACCCUGCAGCUCACCCUUCCAGGUCUCUCGACCUGCGGCUGUACCCAUAAAGAUACGGGACUCAUAGGGUUUCGCGACCUUCUCCUCGACUUUCCAUGCCCUCUGAAAGCUCUCAGGCUGAACGUCCCUACCUGCUGCAUUGAUCCGGGCAGUAUCAGGGCAGCGCAAUGGAACGGCUAUCUUGGGUGGCUUUCGCGUUCGACCGGAAGCUUCGAACACCUAACCGUCCACUUCAGCUGGAAGAUGUCGUUCCUCCGUGGUCCUGGAGUCUCACCGGACGAGAUCCUCGAGUCGCUCGGACUCGAUAUCGAUUCGAAGACCGGAAAACAGACCGGCAGACAAGCCAGUCCGGAGUUUUACCUCUUUAUUCAAUUGGUUUUUGAUCGAGUUCCGGCUCUCAAAACGGUUCAUCUCGUCUACACGGCCGAUGGCGACGGUGAAUCUGAUCAGAUCCCGUACAAAUCCAUUAAGAUUGUCCGCCCGCAAGCUGGCGAGACGAUCAAAUUCGAGCAGCAGAUGCAUAACGGCGUCGGCUCCUUCAUCCAGAAGAUCUUGGACGCGGUGGAAAGUGGGAGGUUCAUUCCCCCGAUGCCACAUGGGUUCGCUCCGUCCGACUGGCGUCAGAUCGUGACCGAUUUCGAGGCUUCGACCGGACUCUCCUUUCCCACCGGCGUGUUCCCUAGAGGCUGA